UCCCCGUCGCCUGUGGGUCGAGGUAGAACCUACCAAGAAUUGGCCAAUCAGCGCUCGUAUCAUCUACCAAGAAUUGGCCAAUCAGCGCUCGUAUCAUCUACCAAGAAUUGGCCAAUCAGCGAUCGUAUAUCGCGUGGCCUUUCGAGCGCCAAUCAGCGCUCGUAUUGCUACCAAGAAUUACUUCACUUCAGUAUUUUGAUUUGCGAGUGACAUUAGAAAUUUACGAAAAUCUUCACACCUUUCGUUUGAUUACUUCACUUCACUUCUGAUGAACAUUUCCGAGAAUACAAAAUGGAUCCUAAAUUUAGGAAGAAGGAUGGCUGUAUCUGCCUUUUUGACUCGGAGGAUGCCAAGAAGGUCAAGGCGGAGAAACGGCCAUGGACCAGAGCUCUUUCACCAGAUGAGGUGAAAGAGUCUGCAAGGGAAGCUGUUGAGCAUAAAGGUGGGGACCCAAACAACGAGGAGCAUGUUCUUGGCCAGCAUAAAUUGCAGUUUGGGGCCUUCAGGCAUCAAACAUUUAAAUGGCUGGCUGAGAACGCUCUGGGGUAUGCUGGCUAUGUGGUGGCAUCCAUGUCGGUGGAGUCAGGUCGCUCUGAUUCAAACAACAAUAUGAUAAAUAAGAGACUUUUGGAGAAGUACGUAUCUCAGUUUCCUGCUGGCCGCUAUGCCAUUCGGGUGAAGAAGGACGCACUGAGCUCCCAACCUGCCACUACAGCUUCUGCCUCUACACAGGCCGCCUCCACAUCCCAACAGCCUUCAGCCUCCUUGCAGGCUGCUGUCAAUGUAGCACCCGCCUUCUCUCCACGAUCAUCCGUUGUGCCUGUAUCCUCCCUACGCGGCCUCUUGUCAAGGAGAGACCAGUCUCCCCAGGCUAUCGCCAAAAAUGUAAAGAGCCUCUUCACAAAACCAAGCUAUUCCUGCCCUGCCACGCGCUGGAUCCAUUACGGCAUCAUCUGCAGUGACAGUAAAAACGGAACCAACUGA